CAGCGGGCAAGAGAAGCUGUAGUCAGAUGAGACCUGGGACCGGGAGGUUGCUGGGCGUCCAAGAGUUGCACAGGGGUGAAUUUAGAUGUCCCAUGGUUACCUCUAGAAGGCUGUCCCCCUCGCUCAUUCAACCCCUCGGUCCUCCAGGAGUGGGAAGUUUUGUUUCGAAGUCUUAGAGACGUACAAGAACGUUCUUUCCGUCAAAACUGUGAGACUAGUUUUGUUACCAACACUAUGAAAGGCUCUGAGUUUAGCCCGGAAAAAAAGAAAAGGGUUACCGUGCCAGCGAGAAGACUUCGUGAGGUAGUUUCUCCAAAUCGUGGAGAUAAUUUGGCUUUGCUGAAAGAUGAGUUGACCUUUGUUCCUUCAGCGUUGUCUGCAUAUAAACGUUUCCCUGUUAGAACAAGGACUACCUUAAGUGGAACAUCGUGUGGUUCAUCAGACUUAACUAUUGCUAGAAAUGAUCACCAGUCUCCAGUAGAAAAUCCCACUGCAUCAGAACGUGAUUUUUCUAAAGACAUUGCAAUCCAAGGAUUACCUUCGGAUAGAACAGAAGAGAGCAACAGACAAAAAGCAAAUGACGUCUUUAUUUCUCAGUACACAACAGGACAGAAGGAUGCUGUAAGAACAGUUUUAAAGCAAAAAGCUCAAAGCAUGCCUGUUUUUAAAGAAGUAAAAGUACAUCUUUUAGAAGAUGCAGUCACAGAAAAGGAUGCUGUUGCUCAGGACACUAGAACUUCACCCAGUGGGAUUGACUCGGCUACAACUGUGGCUGCAGCAACUGCCGCCGCCAUUGCAACGGCAGCUCCACUGAUAAAAGUGCAGAGUGAUUUAGAAGCAAAAGUCAAUUCUGUUACAGAAUUACUUAAUAGGCUGCAGGAGACUGAUAAACACUUACAACGUGUUACGGAGCAGCAAACAAGCAUUCAGAAUAAACAUGAUAAACUGCAUUGUCAUGAUCACGAGAAACAAAUGAAUGUGUUUAUGGAGCAGCACAUUAAGCAUCUUGAAAAAUUACAGCAACAACAAAUAGAUAUUCAGACUCAUUUCAUUAGUGCUGCUCUCAAGACUAGUAGUUUGCAGCCUGCUACGGCGCCCCCUUCCCGAGUGGUGGAGAGGUGUUCUGUGAAGCCUGAGCAUGCCAGUCUUGGCAGCAGUAAUUUUUCUUCACACAACACAUUUGCUUCCAAACAAGACAUAGAUUUUGAUGAACAGAAAUCUCCUUUGGAAACACCGGCACCUCGCAGGUUUGCUCCUGUACCUGUUUCAAGGGAUGAUGAACUAUCAAAGAGGGAAAAUCAUGUGGAAGAAAAAGAAAAUAAGGAAAUGUCAGGUCACAGAGGAAAUGGAAGACUAUUGGAACAAAUUUUGAAUAACAAUGAUUCUUCAAUAAGAAAAAGUGAAUUUUCUGAUAAUACCUCAUUAACUAGGUCAACAAUAGGAUGGAAUCCUGAGAAAAGAGACAGCAUUGCAACUCUGCCUUCUCAAAGAUUUCCUUUCUGUGAAGAGCUGGGAACAGCUAAAGUGACCAUGCAGAAGUCUGAUGAUGUUCUUCAUGAUUUUGGUCAAAAGAGGAAAGAAGCAAAUGGCAUGGUCCAGCCAAAAGAAUCUCCACAGAAUUUUCAACAGAAUUGUGUUAAGCUUCAAACAACCAAUACGACAAAAUCUGUAUUGAAAGAUGCUGAGAAGACUUUGAGAGGCAUACAAAACAAUAAAAAAGUACUUGAAGAAAAUCUGGAAGCUAUUAUUCGGGCAAAAGAUGGAGCUGCCAUGUACUCAUUUAUCAAUGCUUUGUCUACCAACAGAGAGACGUCGGAAAAGAUUAGGAUCAGAAAGACGGUAGAUGAAUGGAUUAAAACUAUUUCUGAAGAGAUUCAGGAUGAAUUGGCAAGAAAAGAUUAUGAACAAAAGAGAUUUGAUCAGAAGACUCAAAGGACUAAGAAAACUCAGAAUUUGAGUAAAGACCUUAAAACCAACGUACCAGAUAAAACUGUAAACAAAUAUAUAUUUCCAAAGAAAUAUCCUCAAAAACAAAUAGAAGAGCAUUUUAGAAAUCCACCUGUGAAGAGCGUGCCUCCUUCAAAUUUGCAAAAAGAGAGAAAAGAAGGGCUUUUGAAAGCAACCACAGUGAUACAAGAUGAAGAUUAUGUGUUACAAGUGUAUGGAAAACCAGUUUAUCAGGGUCACCGCAGCACUCUUAAAAAAGGACCAUAUCUCAGAUUUAAUUCUCCAUCUCCUAAAUCCAGACCACUGAGACCAAAAGUAAUAGAGCAAGUUAAAGGCACUAAAGUCAAGUCAAUAAGAACACAAACUGACUUUUAUGCAGCAAAACCUGUGAAAAUGGAUUCUAAAAGGAAGCACUCCACCACUACACUGCCUUGUGGAGAUCAGAAGUAUGUGUUCAGUCCAAGCAGAGAAAUGCCUACCGUCUCGGGCACACUGGAGGGUCAUCUCAUUCCUAUGGCAAUUCUUUUAGCACAAACCCAAAGUAAUAGUGAUUCCAUGCCACCUGCUGGAGUAAUUAUAAACAAGCCACAUCCCAUAACCGUGACUACUUCUAUUCCUCCAUCAUCUCGAAAAACAGAAAGUGGAGUAAAGAAACCUAACAUAGCAGUUGUAGAAAUGAAGUCAGAAAAAAAGGAUCCUCCUCAGCUUACUGUACAGGUGCUGCCCAGUGUGGACAUUGAUAGCGUUUCAAAUGGAAGUGCUGAUGUCGAUCCACCUCUCCCUAGUCCCAAAGAAGCAUCUUUGCCUCCUCUGCAACCCUUCAUACAGGCUCCAGAAAUUCUGAAUGUGGAUGAAGAAGAGGUGAAGUUUCCAGGAACGAACUUUGAUGAAAUAAUUGAUGUCAUUCAGGAAGAAGAAAAAUGUGAUGAAAUUCCAGACUCUGAACCAAUUGUGGAGUUUAACAGAAGUGUCAAAGUGGUUUCUACAAAAUAUAAUGGUCCUCCCUUUCCACCAGUUGCUUCUACUUUUCAGCCCACUGUUGAUAAUUUGGAUAAAAUAAUUGAAAGAAAAGAAACACUGGAAAAUAGUGUAAUUCAGUGGGUAGAACAAGAAAUAAUGUCAAGAGUCAUCUCUGGGCUCUUUCCAAGUCAGCAACAAGCCAAGCCUAGUGUUAGCCUGUCAGUCAGCGAGGCAAGUGAACUCCCCACGUCUGAUGCUGUGGAAGGAAUAAGCAAUGGUGCCCUCCAGCUUUUUGUUGAUGCUGGGGUUCCCUUGAGUUCAGACACGAUUAGCCAUUUUGUGGAUGAAGCCCUUGCUGAGACCAUUGCUGUCAUGCUGGGUGACAGAGAAGCAGAGAAGCAAGGUCCUGUUGCCACGGCUGUUUGUGGGGAUGUUUCAGCUCAUGAGGUGACUGUGCUGGCGAGAGUGUGUACCCCAGUGGCUACCCCGCAGCCUACGCCGCCUCGCUCAUCUUCAUCAUCUCCUCAGGAGUGUGUGUUGGUGAAAACUCCAGAUUCUUCUCCCUGUGAUUCAGAUCUUAAUGUGGCUCUUCCUGCAAAAGAAAUAUUUGCUGAAAAAGGAAAUGAUAAGCCUGCUAUCAUGCUUAUCACUACUCCAGCAGUUACUCCUACUACAACACCGCCCCCUGCAGCACCUCUUACCCCGACUUUGUCAGAAAUUUCCAUUGAUAAAUUGAAGGUGUCGAGCCCAGAGCUUCCCAAGCCAUGGGGUGAGGGAGACCUGCCGCUGGAAGAAGAGAACCCUAACCCCCUUCAAGAAGAACGCCUUCCCCUGACAGCCAUCGUGAUGUCUGUGGCUCAGGAUGAAGAGCCUGCCAGUGCCGUGGGUCUCCCUGCUCAGCUUGUACCUCCUGAGCCAGCUCCCUUUGCACCAUCUUCUGCUGCCCCCAAGUUCCCUCCCCGCCCCCAGAUGCCAAGUUCUGACUCAUCAACACUGGAAAGCACCUCGAGUGUCACCGUCACUGAAACAGAAACUUUAGAUAGACCCAUCUCCGAAGGAGAGAUUCUAUUUAGCUGUGGUCAAAAAUUGGCUCCUAAGGUUUUGGGAGAUGGAAGACUGUAUCUAACGAAUCUAAAUGAUAGUUUAUCCAGCACUCUACGUGAUGUUCUUGAAAUGGAAGAUGAUUCUCCCAGUGAAGGACAAGUGAUUAGGGUGCCCCAUAAAAGGGUUCCUGCAGAUGCAAUUCUUUCUCUUCUUGCUAAACAAAACCAGGAAUCAUUAAUUUUACAGCAAGCAGACUAUCAUUCAGAGGACUUGGAAAAUAGUGUGGGUGAACUCAGUGAAGGACAAAGGCCCAGGCUGACAGCAGCAGCAGAGAGCAUCUUACUGGGCCGUUCUCUCUGUGUGCAGCAGCCUGUCACAGCUGCAGACACUUCAGUUCCACAGUGUGAGUCUAAGCCAUUAUCUCAGCAAUUUGAUGCAGUUUCAGAUGGCAUUGAUGAAGACUCGUGUGCUAGUCAUGGUCCAAUGAGUUUGGGAGAAUUGGAAUUGCAGCCAAAUUCUAACCUGGUUUUCCCCACGACACUUCUGACAGCACAAGAAAAUGAUGUUAAUUUACCAGUAGCAGCUAAAGAUUUUUCUCAGUACCAAAAAAAGCAAGACCAGGAUGUUAAGCAAGCUGAAUACGAGCCGGCACAGAGUUGUUUAAUACACAUAAGAAGUAAAUCUGAUACUCCACUUUCACAGCAACAAGGUGAUAUGGAUCGGACACAAAUAGAGCCCAAUCUGUACCUUACAUCUGCAUUUAAAGGUGGUAACGCAGGCCCACUCCUCCCUCCACAGUCACCACCUGCCAGGAUGUCUGUGACACUGCCCUCAGUGAGCCUCGAGGCCCACUCACUAUCUCCCAGUAUCAGCACGGCGCAGGGGGACACGGAGUCCUCAGGACCAGACACCUUCUGACGGGAAUUGAGAGUCUGCACAGUGUUGAUGCCACAGGUUUUAAAGUCAUUUUACUUUGGUUUAACCCAUCUCCCAGACUAUUUUUGUUGUUGAGUAUAUUCUGAAAAACAUUUCUAGUUUUUUAUUAAACUGAGAAUCAUAAUUGGGGUAUUUUGGUAAAGUUUUUAAAUAAAAUAAAUAUAAAUUACCAUGAGUCCAGUUGUGAGUUACUUUUUAGAAGCUUGAGGCAGCAUAAAAUAGUGGAAAGGGCAUGGCUUUUGAUAUCUUAAGAAUUUACUCUUGGCUCAUGCCUGUAAUCCUAGCACUUUGGGAGGCCAAGGCAGAAGGACCACUUGAGGUUAGGAAAUUGAAGCCACCCAAAGGAAGAGCAAGAGAGACCCUGUCUUUACUAAAAAUAGGAAAAACUAGCCAAGACUGGUGGCACACUCCUGUAGUCCCAGCUACUUGGGAUACUGAGGCAAGAGGAUGGUAUAAGGCCAAGAGUUUGAGGUUGCUGUGCUGACACCAUAGCACUGCAGCCUGGGCAACAGAGUCAGACCAUGUCUCAAAAAAAAGAAUUUAGCCUUCUACAGGUAUAAUUAUCUAUACAUACUUAAUGAAAUUACCUAGCUCAAGGUCAUUCAUUCCAACAUUUUUAAUAAUAGCAAACAAUUAAAAGGAAUUUAAUACCUAUUAGUAAGGGACUGGUACAUUUGAACAAUGGAAUACUAUGUGGUACAAAAAUAAUUUAGAAAGUUAAUUAGAAUAGGAGAUUAUGUCAUAAAAGAAGAAAAAAAAUUAAAGUUUAUAUACUGAUGGGGAAUUAUCCUUGAGACACACCAUUAAAGUGAAAAGCCAAGUGCAAAACAGCUCGUGAGCUCUGCUGCCGCUGUAGUGGGGGUGGAGGAGUCAGACACCAGGCGUGCACACGCCCUGGCAUGGAUUUGUUUUGUCUGCAUUAAAUAAACAAGGAUAAAUAAGCUGCUAACUUUGUCUGCAGAUGGGGGAAUUAAUGGCUAAGUGAUAGGAAUCAAGGAUGAUAGUGGUUCUGUGCAUUUGAAUUUCAGUUGUGACAAGAAAAAAUUAUGCAUGAGGUUAAUUUUUAAAUGCCUUUUGUGUACCUUAUCAGCCUUUUUACUUCAUAAGCCCAUGAGACAUGUAACUACUAUGCAUACAAUUAAAAGAAAAUAAAAAGCA